AUGGCGAGGCAGAGCGGCGAUACGAAGAUGGUCCGGUCCUCCCUGGCCUUGCUUCAAGAAAGGUUCGAGGAGCUUCAGAGAGCCAAGGAGAGGAGAGAGCAGACGGAGCACAUGAGAUGGAUCUCCGAACCGGGCCAUCCCAACCGCAGCGCUAGCCCCGACAGCUCCAGGGCUCGUUUCCAGCAUCAGUCGAGUCAUCCUCAUCUUCUGCCCAGACCGACCCCUGAAGAUUGUUUCCUCUCGCUAGGCCUCAACCCGCACUCGCAGCGGAAUCACGCCAAGUUCCGGACCAUGAACACGAUGCUGUCUCCUAACGCAUGGCCAAACGUGGCAUCUGCGAUCUCGUCUAGAUCUCCCGACUAUUCGGAAGUCGAUACUUCUCUCCAUCUUUAG